ACCCACACACUAUACAGUGCAGAAAGGACAUUAAAAUGAUGAUUAUAUAUUGGACAAUAUUUUUGUUUUACAGCAAUUUGGGUUGUGCACUUAACAAGGAUGUAAUCCAACCAGACCCUCUGAUAGUUACACAACUGGGACAAAGUGUAUCUCUCACUUGCUUUUGUCAAUGUGAUUUGAGGAUCAGAGCCUCUUGGUUCAAGCAAACUGUUGGACAGAAGCCUCUUCUCAUGGCAUCAUCAUAUUAUCACACUAAAAAUAGUUUUUAUUUUACCAAGGACUUUAAUGAGACUGAACGUUUGAGUGUGAAGAGAGGUGUUGACAGCUUUAACCUGACCAUCUCCAAGACAGAGUCAGGGGACUCAGCUACAUACUACUGUGGUGCUAUGGAUGCGGGCGAAGUCACAUUUGGAGAAGGAACUGUUUUAAUUGUCAAAGAUUCAGAGUCCAACAGCAUGUCUGUACUCCAGCAGCCUGUGUCUGAGUCAGUCCAGCCAGGAGACUCUGUGACUCUGAACUGUACAAUACACACUGAGACCUGCGCAGGAGAACACAGUGUCUAUUGGUUCAGACAUGGCCCAGGAGAAUCCCCUCCAGGAAUCAUUUACACCCAUGGAGACAGGAGUGAUCAGUGUGAGAAGAGCCCUGAGGCUGGGUCUCCUACACAGAGCUGUGUCUACAACCUCCCCAAGAGGAACCUCAGCCUCUCUGAUGCUGGGACUUACUACUGUGCUGUGGCCUCAUGUGGGGAGAUACUGUUUGGGAACGGGACCAAGCUGGAUGUUGAAG